UUUGAAGGCGUUGUUUGGUCCGUGGUAGGUUUUAGCGAUGCUGUCGUCACGAUCGGUCACGAUUUGAGUCAUCACGAUCAUUAUUGAUGAGAGUUUGUUCGCCGUCGACUCUCGUCGCGCGUUCUCCGCGCACUUUGCUUCCUCCAGGCGAGUGAAAGCGGAGAGAGAACAGCGUCAGAGGUAUGUCAGAGGAGGUUGUUGCCUUGCGAAGGCCGACUGUCUGACGUCAUGCUAGCCCUCCUGAAAGCUGUUUCUUUUCUCCACGCUUGGCAGUUGUAGCGAAGUGGUUGUAGCUUCGUGAGUCCGUAGAAAGCAGGCACUGUCGUCUGAAAGAAGUGCCUGGCAUGGGAGUUUACGCACCCCUGAACGUUCUGGCGACGUAGUGGGUCUUUCGGACGUCACGAAAUGAAGAUCUGAAGAUCUGCGGGAAGCGGGUGAUGGACGCAGCUACAGCUGUUUUCGGGAGCUGACGAAUCGCAGUCAUGGACGUGCCGACAUACGGACGCAAUUUCCGCGCUGCAACUUCAGCACACGAUGGAGACAGGAUGCCUGUGGUGCGCGAAGGUGUUGUUCCAGAGGCCGUUCGAGCGCUGUCUCGAAAUGCGACAUUGCGAGCGGCCGAUGAUUUCGACAGCAGUGCUGAUGAUCCUCUGCUUGUUCCUGAGUCACCGCCUCCAUACGUAGUUCCCGUUGACAGAUAUUACUUUGUAAAAAAUGUCUUUCUUUUGUUGGGAGUAGUACUUAUGCUUCCUUGGAACUUCACAACAAAUGCCAGUGAUUUCUGGAUGUACAAGUUUAGGAAUGUGUCCAUCCCAUACGACUACACAUUUACACACAAGACGGAGCUGCAAGCGCACUUAUUUGGCGCCUUUUCUGUGGCCAGCUCAUUUCCCUCGCUCAUAGCCGUCUACCUGGGAACACUGUUCAACCACAGAAUUGGGCAGGAGACACGGAACAUAUUGGGAUUCUCUCUGUGCAUUGUCUUCUUUGCAAUAGUGACAGCAUUCGUGAAAAUCAACACUGAUAACUGGCAGGUUGGCUUCUUCAUCCUUACUGUCAUCCUCCUAUCACUACUGAAUGUUUUUGCGUCAUGGCUUCAAGGAGGAAUCAUUGGUCUGGCGGCACUCUUGCCUUCGGAUUACAUGCACAGUCUGGUAAUCGGAAUGGCGGUUGGUGGCCUCUUCGCUUCGGUGCUGCAAAUCAUCUGCCUGCUGGGCCACCCGGAGCCCACCACUGUGGCACUGGCCUACUUCCUUUGUGCCAUCUUUGUUUUUGUGGUUGCCCUGGUCUGCUUCCUAGUCAUGCUGUCCACGGGCUUCUUUAUGCACUGUGUGAAGAACCCAGAAGGAAGCAUCCAAGACUUGAUUACAAACAGUGAUCUCGAGAUUAAGGCCUCAACUACUUUAAUUUUAAGAAAGGUUUGGCCACAGGCAGCUUCUGCAAUGUACGUCAUGGCUGUAUCCAUGGCCGUCUUCCCAGCAGUUACUGUCCUCGUGGUGUCAUCGGAUGUUGAGUCAGGAUCUGCGUGGACCGGCAGAUUCUUCAUGCCGGUUUGUGGAUAUCUGGUGUUCAAUGCUGGUGAUCUCACUGGGAGGAUUGUCUGCUCUUAUGUGCCUUUGAAUGAAAAACACGAAAAGACGGUGUUGUGGUUGACCUUGGCGCGCACAGUGUUCAUCCCGCUCUUUAUGCUGUGCAAUGCACAUCCUCGACGUUACCUGCCAGUCUUGCUGGAUUCGGACGUUGCCUUUGUGGCCCUCAUGACUGCAUUUGCAUUCACUAACGGGUACCUGCUCAGUGCGUCCAUGAUGCAGUCCUCUAGGAAAGUGCCAAGCUACCUCCAGGAAAGGACAGGAUUCCUCAUGUGUUCGGCAAUUAUGACGGGCCUCACGAUUGGAGGCUUUGCGUCUGUUCUUCUCAUCAAACUGCUCUGAAGUCAGCUUGUUGCUUGGAGCAUCGCGAUUGAACACCACUCCAAGCACGGCCAUUUGUUGUCUGCAUUGGAGUACGCAUUUUAAUAUCAGUGUAGCUGAAAUGCCUUCUUUUCAGCUACUUGACAGCUCUGUUGCCUUUGUCUAUUGAAUCUCAUCGAGUUUCUCAGGGCAUCCGCAUUUUAUUUUGGAAAUGUGAUUAGAGGCAUAAAAUGCUUUUCUGAUUGUGUAAAGUUUUGGAGGUGGACUCUACAACCGAGCGUUAGCCAAGAAGAAUUCAAAGGAAACCUUUUACCGCACAGUUAAUAAAACAUUGCUCAUUAAUGUAAGGAUCAAGCCAGCUCCCCCCUGCUAUUUUUAGGUGGUGGCUGUGCCGACCAGUGAGCUAUUGCAGAGUUUAUUUUGUUGUCGUUGUUGUUUUUGUCCUUUAGUGCUGUCUGGGCUGUCAUCACAACAAUAGACAGUUUUAGCUGAGCAUUGCUAACGAUACAUUCCGUUGACAUUUUACGCGCUCACUCAUUACACACAGCUGUGUUCACUUUGCAUUUUCAAUUAGCAUAUCGUAGUGCGCUUCCCCCCGAGAAGCAAGCGAUGCGCAGCCUGCUUGGCUGUAAAACGAUAAAGAGGCCAAAUGGAAGCAUUGUCACACUCCAUUCAAUCGACUCUGCAGCAGAGCGGAGGGCAGCAUUCUGCCUUUCGCUACUGGCAUGAUCAUUGCACUCACACCCACGGUAUUCCUGCUGAAUGGUUGUGUGCAAAUUGUGAGGAUACACUACCCUGAUCAGAGCUGACUGAAAGUGCUCAGCUAAAACUCUUUAAUACAGUCAAACCUCGUUGUAACAAAGUCUGAUCUGAUACGAAAAUAGCUUCUUUAUAGUCUGAUAUUUGUUAUAAACAUAUGUAAUACCGUACUAUACUGUACUGUAUCACAUACUGUAAUGUAUGUAUGGAGAAUACUGUAAUAGCAGUCAGACAACCUUUGUUUACUUCGUCAUAUCCGAUAAUUCUUUAUAUCUGUGUUAAUUAUAUCGAGGUUCGACGAUAAUCUCUAAUGAUGUUAGCAUUUGCAAAUACCUUAUACACCUUGACAAAGCAGCUAGCUAUGAAGUCUGCAUGUUGGUUAUAGAAUUGAACAAUGUCAAAGUAUGUUAAUUGUUUUUUUUUUUACUUUUGUUAAAUACAUUGAAUACUUUGACAGCAUUUUUUCACAAAAUAUUUGUCAUCAAAGUGUCCAUACACUGAACAGCCUGUCCCAUGCAGAAUGCAGUACGUCUGAGCAAAAAUGAGGCAACAUAGGGUACAGCAUCACUUUAACUGACACAAAUAGUAUCCCAUGAGCAGUAAGGUACAGUUAUCUUGUUUUAGUCAUUUGAAAGACAGCAAUAAAGAUAGCGUUGCCAUCAAAAUCUUUGAACCAACAUAUUUUUCAUGUUCUUCAAUAUUUGAAAUCAGCACUCCAUGACAGUGUCCUUUUACUUGUGACCGUUAUGGAACUUUCAGUGUAUUGGUAUAAAUUUUGAGAAAACAUUUUAGUAUCAGAAGUUAUGAUCUUUAUUUUUACAAGGCCUAUAAACAUCUUGUCCUCUUUCUUAUUGAAAAAGCUAGUGAAUACAUGGACACUGAAUAAAAUGGCAUGUGUAUAGAAAGACAAGGGGAAAUCAAGCAGCCAAGGACCGGUAAGUCAAAGCUUGUCACAAAAGGUGCAUAACUUGAGCACCGUAUGGCAUUGACACAGUGAGACUCGGUAAUGCAUCCAUUGUGUUGAAAAGUAAAAACAAAAAAAUUCAUCAUUUUAAUCCCUCCAAGUCGAAAAUUGACUAA